GAAGGGGGCAAGAGGAGGCAGUGAGGGGCCACCCGCCGAACUGGGGCCCCUGGCUGGCAUGGCUUGACUAGCUGACGGGAAGCAGAGAAAAUUCCUUCUGGCGCACGCUGGAGUGGACAAAAGCAGCAGCAACUGCAGGAAAGGAGCUGCUGAGGAGGGGGCUUCUCCUCUUCCAGGAACUGGCACUGGGGGAAUCCAAGGCAGCUUACAAAACCAUCACCUCCAAUUUACCUUUGCAACAAUUCUGUAAGAAGUUGUGAGGCGCUGCAGGGCCUGACAAGGCAAACACCGUAGGAGCUUUUGCACGUUCUGGAGAAGUUCACAUGGCAGCUAUGACCCAAAGCACCAACCUGGGAGAUCCGAAAAUAUCUUCUAGUGACAAUGAGGAUAGCGACACACCAGUAAUCCUACACUUGUACCCGUGCUCAGACGGCAAAGAUGACCAGAAUCCGGGUCAAGGUGGUGCUGCCACCAACGAUGGAGGCCCCUUGAAGCAUUCGACCACCUUGACAAACCGCCAGCGGGGAAACAAAGUGUCUGCUUUGCCGGCCACAUUGGACACACUGUCUAUUCACCAGCUGGCGGCUCAAGGCGAGCUCAUCCUGUUGAAGGAGACUUUGAGAAAAGGUGAGAACUUGUUAAACAAGCCGGAUGAGAGGGGCUUCACCCCUUUGAUGUGGGCCUCUGCUUUUGGAGAGAUCGAAACCGUCCGCACUAUGCUGGAAUGGGGUGCUGAUCCCCACAUCUUGGCAAAGGCGCGGGAAAGUGCGCUGUCUCUCGCCAGCACAGGUGGCUACACGAACAUUAUCACCUUGCUCCUGCAGCACGAUGUGGACAUUAACACCUAUGAUUGGAAUGGCGGGACCCCACUCCUGUAUGCCGUCCGGGGAAACCAUGUGAAAAGCGUUGAGGCUUUGCUAGACCAUGGUGCCGAUCUGACGACGGAAGCGGAUUCUGGGUACACGCCAAUGGACCUCGCUGUUGCUUUGGGAUAUAGAAAAGUUCAACAAGUGAUCGAAAAACAUAUUCUCAAGUUAUAUCGGAGCAAUGAGAUGGAGUGAGAUGCUUACCUGGUUGGCUGGGGGAGGGCACGGUGACGCGUGCCCCUCCCCGCACACCUCCGUUUUCUACGCUGCAAAGAUUGGAUGGAGGAGGCAGAACAUCCAGCGGUGUGGACUGGCUGGCUAGAAAAAGCGUGUGGCAAGCGGUAGUGGUUGAACAGCUGAGAGAAUGGGAGAUGAAGAGAAGCAACGGGGAUUUUUAAAGUAGGCUCUGGCCUGAAUAAAAGGGGGGGGGGGAAUGGACUCCCGAAACACCUGGGACAAUAUUCUCCCUAUAAAAGACACCUCCAGCCUCUCUCCCACAACAUCCAGGUUCUGUGUCCCAGAGGCAGCGCUUACCGAGGCAAAACAAGCUGGCUCGAGUGAGCGAGCCAAGCUGCAAACAAGAGAAGACAAUUCCCCCCCUCCAUCUUGCUCUUGCUAUCAAACCCGGGAUAUACUGUAUUUUUCUGUCUAUAAGAUGCCCCCAUGUAUAGAACGCCCCCCACUUUUACUGAUCUCCAAGCAAGCGAGCUGCUGCUGCGUGCAUGCAUGCCUGCCUCCUCGCCCCCUCCGUGCCGGUCUCCCCUCC